UAAACAACAUGAAAUUCUUCUGCAAGACGUUGCUGGCCUUCUGGGUCCUAUCUGAAGGGGUCUUGGCUGGACCGUGGAGCGCCUGGAUGCCCGAACACAUCACUGCGUUUGAGGGCACCUGUGUGGUUAUCCCCUGUCGCUUCAGCUACCCAGAAGAGCUACGUCCACCAACCAUCCAUGGCAUCUGGUACUUCAACAGCCCAUACCCCAAGAAUUAUCCACCAGUGGUUUACAAAUCCCGCACCAACAUUAUCCACGAGAGCUACGUUGGACGCAGCAGACUGCUGGGAGAGCUGAAUUUCCGCAACUGCACCCUCCAGAUCUCCCGUCUCAGCCCUGAACUCUCAGGGAAGUAUUACUUUCGGGGAGACCUCGGUGGCUACAAUCAAUAUACCUAUCCAGAGCACACUAACCUUGAGGUCAUCAACAAGCCUACCAUUUUGAAUCCUCCAGAAGUGGUGGAGGGUUCAGAUGCAGAGCUGCGCUGCGAGGUGCCCGACAAUUGCCCAGACAUGAAACCUGUCAUCACAUGGAUGAACCAUGAGAAUUUGGCUGAGCAUUCCGUCUACGCACAGAUAGAGGAAGAAGGUAGCACUUGGUCACUCAUCUCCAUCCUGAAGUUCCUACCAUUGCGUGAGAACCACGGACAUGAGGUGGGCUGCAAAGUCAGCUACCCCAACACCACUUUUGAGUUUGAAGGCUUCUCGACUCUGGACGUCAAAUACCCACCCCGCAUCCUGCAAGUCAACUCCUCCACGGAAGUCCUACAUGGCACUCAUGUGUUCUUGAUGUGUAUUGUGGACAGCAGUCCAACAGCCAUGAUUUCCUGGCUCCGAGAAAAUGAAAUUCUCCAUGAGGACUUGGCUGGAAACCUCACACUCUACCUCGACAAUGUAACUCACCUGCAGGAUGGCCUCUACACUUGUGUGGCGGAGAACAUUUAUGGCAAAGACAACCACUCCCUUGCCUUGUCUGUGCUGUAUGCUCCUUGGAAACCAGUAGUCAACGGAUCAUUGGUGGCCAUUGAAGGAGAGCCUGUCACUAUCUCCUGCAGCUCACAGAGCAGCCCUGACCCAACGAUCACCAUCUUCAAGGACAAGAAGCCAUUAGCCAUGGGGGUCUACCAAAGCCAGGUGGAGCUGGAGUUCGAAUCCGUGUCGCACGAAGACGACGGUGAAUACUGGUGCACAGCAGAGAACCAGUUUGGCCAGAGCAGCACUGCUUUCAACCUUACCGUUGAAUUUGCUCCCCGUAUUCUUCCGGACUCCAAGUGCACAGCUGCUCGGGAUACAGUAAAAUGCAUCUGUGCAGCCAAAGCCAACCCAGAAGCUGUGAUCACCUUUGAGUUGCCCACCCGCAAUGUGACGGUCAAUGAGACUGACCGGGAGUUUGUGUACUCCCAGAAAACAGGCUACAUUGUCACCAGCAUCCUGACUGUUCAGAGGGAGGUUGAUUCUCAGCUCUACAUAGUCUGCUCUGCCAGGAAUGUUUACGGCACCAAGAACCAGCAGCUCCAGUUCCAUCACUCCAAUAGUCUGAUGUGGGCAAAGGUUGGACCGGUGGGAGCUGUUGUGGCCUUUGCCAUACUCAUAGCUGUGGUGUGCUAUGUCAGCCAGGCCAGAAAAAAAAAAAACAAUGAAAAUCCUGGCUUUGGGCAAACAGAAAACCCUCCUGUUGUCUACAGUGGAGAUUACAGGACUCCGGGCAAUCUGGAAAAAUCAGAGUAUGGGCGCUGUGACAAACGGCUGUUGAACAAGCGUGAGGACCUGGGGAUUGAUUAUGCCAACAUAGACUUCACCAAAUUGUCCACCAAGGACAGCUAUACCCUGACCGAGGAGUUGGCUGAAUAUGCUGAAAUCCGAGUCAAGUGAGGCCUCUUCUCACCAAGGCCUUCCUUCCAACUGGAACUAUAGUAGUUGAACGAGACCCCAAGCCGUCACCAUUCCUGGGCUGGGCAUCCAUCAUCUCUCAGGGGGGACUCCACAUUAUCCACUGUUUUUGAUAUCCUGAUGUUUGCACUCCAAAAUACGGGGUGCAUUUUCAUUUCCGGGAGAGUACAUACUGAAGGUCAACUAACACAGAUUAGGGUUCCCCUUUUCUCUCUCACACACAAACCCCACAAGUAAACACUGGUCCUUUUGGCCAGCCAACAGGUUAUAGGUACAGAAUGGUCAGAGGGCAGCUCUUUCUGCUUCUGCUGUGGUAAAUUGCUAAAUCUUGGGUACCUAGUCUAAUUUGCUAGCAAACUAUCAAAGUAGAGCAAGAUUCCAGGUCAUUAUCGUAAGGAUCAAAUUGACAAAUCCAGAACAGCUGUGAUCUAAUGGCUAUUCCCCCUAUCUGAUAGGGUUUCAUGAAAGAAGUUGUGUUUCUAGGAGAAAUUGAAUGGAUUGGUUUUCACCACAAUGCCCAAGAGUCUUGAUCCAUCUCAUCGAGGCUGAUGAUCAUAAGCAGUAGAGUUGGCUCUCUAUCUGUCCAACGUUCACUUCACAUUUCAGAUUCAAGCUGGGGAAAAAAAAAUCAAAUUCCAGCUCACACGUCUCAAUAACUCUACAUUUCUGUCUUUAACAAAAUAAAGAAAGCAGAGCACAUUUAGGCACAUCAUUUAUUUCUCCAUGUAUAAGACAGUGGACAUUUUACCACCCUGUUUUGAUUCGAAGUAUCAUAGUUUUCAGGUUAAAAAGAAACAAAGUGAUGAGAUGACCGAAAACAUCACCUAGUGAAUUCUAGCGUCUCCAGGGCACCCACCAGCUAUGGUUGAAGAAAUAUAAAGCUUGCCCAGCUACUGCCCUUUUGACAUAGGAAUGGUUUGGGUGACUCUAGAAGAUGCUAUGAAUUGCUAGCAUGGAAAUGACCUUCAUUGUCAAGCCAUUUUUACCAGAUAUGCUUAGAUCCAAUUUUACAUUAUGUAUAUCUGUUAAGUAGAGGACUAACUUCUGUUUCCUAGAAUGUAUGUUCUGUUUCAUCAAGGGUUUCCUUCUGCACCCCAUAAUAGUUCCCAAUGAUACAUUCCUGUUGUUGUUAGCAUGACUAAUGAAAGUGCUGUGUGUUUUGCUGAGCAACUGGAUAUUGUAUUCUGUAGCAUCCAUCAAUUCUGUCGCUUUGCCUUUUGAGAAAAAGUGCCCUUUUCAAUAAGUAAAUUUGUUGGGCAAAA